AUGCCGCCCUCUAGUUUUUUUAUCAAUGCAGUUUUAGAGGAAGGCAGGGUGACUUUUGGUUCUCCCGACUCCUUUCUGUUCCCAAAUGGUUUUUAUGAUUCUCUUAAUGUUGGGGGUGAUUAUACUUUUAUGAAAAAGCUUAGGAAAAAUAAUGGCAAACUGGCAAUGUUUAUUUCAGAGGUUGAGUCAAAUGUUUUGGCUUCCUCUUGUCAUUUUUCUUUGGUUGGGAAGUUUUCUUAUGAGCAUCAAAAGCUUGAUCUUAUCCCAAAAGAGAUGUUUGGCUCUAUAUCCUGUGGAACAUACGGCUCUGCAUCCGUUGAGUCAUAUGGGUCUGCCUCUAUCAGGUACUCCACGAAUGCCCCUGUAGCUGAAGCUCAUGCAAGUAUUUUAACAUUGCAGGUAGGGCAACCCGUACAUAGAACAACUGAAGCUGGUAGUAUCUUUGGCUUUGUCACAAACUUGGGCUCCUCAUGCAUAGCAGAAAGAUCUUUUGAUGGCAAGUGGUGUACCGUGGUGCUCGAGGGUUGGCUCCUUACUUCUGGUGCUGUCGUGGCCGUCGUCAUUGAUGUCUUCUUCGAUAAUCACAAUGCAAUUACAAUUCUCAGUUUAUGGGCACCGGUCUUCUGUAUUUACCUCUUAGAUAUUCAGUUGUUCUACACUGUAUUUUCAGCUGUUUAUGGUUUUCUUCUUGGAGCAAGGGACCGUUUGGGAGAGAUCAGAUCUGUGGAUGCUGUUCAUAAAUUGUUUGAGGAGUUUCCUUCAGCAUUUAUGGAUAAACUUCAUGUAUCCCUGCAACGAAGGAAGGAGCUGAAUACGUCUGGCCAGAUUGAGGAGCUAAAGAAGUUUGAUGCUGCCAGAUUUGCACCGUUCUGGAAUGAAAUUAUAAAAAAUUUGCGAGAGGAAGACUAUAUAACAACUUUGGAAUUGGAUUUACUUCUUAUGCCUAAAAAUUCUACAUUUAUUCCUCUGGUUCAAUGGCCCUUGUUUCUUCUCGCUAGCAAGAUUUUUAUGGCCAAGGAUAUUGCUGCUGAAUACAAGGAUUCCCAAGAUGAACUAUGGGAUAGAACUUCUAGGGAUGAGUACAUGAAAUAUGCUGUUGAGGAGUGUUAUUACAGUGUGAGAGCAAUCUUGAUGGCCAUACUGGAAUUUGAUGGAGAAGGGCGCUUGUGGGUGGACAGAAUUUUUGAAGAUAUUAAGCAGAGUGUCAGGCGAAAGAACAUUCAGGACGACUAUGAAUUAAGCAAGCUGCCGCUCGUAAUUUCUAGGAUAACUGCAUUGACUGGAAUAUUGAGAGGAGAAGAAUCUCCUGAACUUCAAAAGGGCGCUGUCAGUGCUAUGCAAGAUCUUUAUGAUGUUGUACAGCAUGAUAUUGUUUUUGUAGACAUGGGGGCUAACCUUGACGUGUGGAAUCAAAUAUCUAAAGCAAGGGCUGAUGGACGACUCUUUUCUAAUCUUAAAUGGCCCGGAGAUCCUGAGUUGAAAGCUCAGAUCAAACGGUUGCAUUCCCUGCUGACCAUCAAAGAAUCUGCAGCAAAUGUGCCUAUAAAUCUAGAGGCUAGGCGUCGGCUGGAAUUUUUUACUAACUCCCUCUUCAUGCAAAUGCCAGCUGCUAGGCCAGUUUCAGAGACGUUGUCAUUUGGUGUCUUUACUCCAUACUAUUCUGAGACCGUGCUUUAUAGUAUGGACGAACUUCAAAAGAGGAAUGAGGAUGGGAUAACCACUUUAUUCUAUCUCCAAAAAAUCUUUCCAGAUGAGUGGAAGAACUUUCUUUCUCGGAUAGGAAGAGAUGAAAAUGCGGCAGACUUGGAGUUGUUUGACAACCCGGAUGAUAUUCUUGAGCUGCGGUUUUGGGCUUCUUAUCGAGGUCAAACUUUAGCACGUACAGUUCGAGGUAUGAUGUAUUAUAGAAAAGCUCUUAUGCUUCAAAGCUAUUUGGAGAGGCUUGGCUCAGAAGGCUCCGACGUUAUACUUAAUAGCGGUGUUUUAAGUGAAACUCAGGGUUUUGAUUUAUCUCCUGAAGCUCGCGCACAGGCCGAUAUAAAGUUCACAUAUGUUGUGACAUGUCAAAUAUAUGGCAAACAGAGGGAAGAACGAAAGCCUGAGGCAGCAGAUAUUGCACUAUUGAUGCAACGGAAUGAAGCACUUAGAGUUGCAUACAUUGAUGUUGUUGAUACUUUAAAAGAUGGUAAACCGCACACAGACUAUUUUUCAAAACUUGUCAAAACUGAUAUCCAUGGGAAGGACAAGGAAGUAUAUUCAGUGAAAUUACCCGGAGAUCCGAAGCUCGGUGAGGGUAAACCAGAAAAUCAAAACCAUGCAAUUAUAUUUACCCGUGGUAGUGCAAUACAAACCAUAGACAUGAAUCAGGAUAAUUAUUUUGAAGAGGCUUUGAAGAUGAGAAAUCUUCUUGAGGAGUUUCAUUGCAAUCAUGGCCUUCGUCAACCAACAAUUUUAGGUGUUAGGGAGCAUGUUUUCACUGGAAGUGUUUCUUCUUUAGCCUCGUUCAUGUCCAAUCAAGAGACCAGUUUUGUGACUUUGGGUCAGCGAGUUCUUGCUAAUCCACUUAAGGUUCGUAUGCACUAUGGCCAUCCUGAUGUUUUUGAUAGAAUAUUUCACAUUACAAGAGGAGGUAUCAGCAAGGCUUCACGUGUAAUCAACAUUAGUGAGGAUAUAUACGCUGGAUUCAACUCAACUUUGCGUCAAGGGAAUAUUACUCAUCAUGAGUAUAUUCAGGUGGGGAAGGGAAGAGAUGUUGGGUUGAAUCAAAUUGCUUUAUUUGAAGGAAAAGUUGCUGGUGGCAAUGGUGAACAAGUGCUUAGCAGGGAUGUGUACAGACUAGGGCAGCUUUUCGAUUUCUACCGCAUGUUGUCCUUCUAUUUUACCACUGUAGGAUAUUAUUUUUGUACCAUGCUUACUGUUCUAACUGUCUACAUAUUUCUCUACGGGAAAGCAUAUCUGGCUUUAUCCGGGGUUGGUGAGGCCAUUCAAGACACAGCUGAUAUAAUGGAUAACACUGCCUUGAAUGCAGCACUCAACGCACAGUUCUUGUUCCAAAUUGGCAUUUUUUCUGCAGUUCCUAUGAUUCUGGGAUUCAUUUUGGAACAAGGCUUUCUAAGAGCUAUCAUUAGCUUUGUUACAAUGCAAAUGCAGCUUUGCUCUGUCUUUUUCACUUUCUCACUUGGAACAAGGACUCAUUACUUUGGACGGACAAUACUCCAUGGUGGCGCAAAGUAUCGCGCAACUGGUAGAGGUUUUGUCGUCCGUCAUAUAAAGUUUGCAGAGAAUUACAGGAUAUAUUCACGCAGUCAUUUUGUGAAGGGAUUGGAAGUUGUACUUUUGUUGAUUGUAUACCUUGCCUAUGGAUAUAAUAAGGGUGGCGCCGUUUCUUACAUUUUACUAUCUAUUAGUAGUUGGUUCAUGGCAUUAUCUUGGCUUUUUGCUCCAUAUGCAUUUAAUCCUUCUGGUUUUGAGUGGCAAAAAACUGUGGAAGAUUUUCGAGACUGGACAAAUUGGCUGCUAUAUCGAGGUGGAAUUGGAGUCAAAGGUGAAGAAAGCUGGGAAGCUUGGUGGGAUGAGGAACUGGCACAUAUUCGCACACUGCGUGGAAGAAUACUAGAAACUAUACUGAGCUUAAGAUUUUUUAUCUUUCAAUAUGGUAUUGUGUACAAGCUUCAUGCUUCUGGAAAGGAUACAUCGCUGACGGUUUAUGGACUCUCGUGGAUCGUGCUGGCAGUGUUAUUCAUUCUUUUUCAGGUUUUCACGUUUAGCCAGAAGGCAUCAGUCAAUUUCCAAUUGCUGCUGCGCCUUAUUCAGAGCAUCUCAUUCAUGCUGGUGUUAGCUGGUCUCGCUGCUGCUGUUGUGCUUACAAAACUCUCGUUGCCAGAUAUCUUUGCUUGCAUCUUAGCAUUUAUACCUACUGGAUGGGCAAUUCUUUCGAUAGCUGUUGCGUGGAAGCCGGUGAUGAAGAAGCUGCGGUUGUGGAAAUCUCUGCGCUCCCUCGCGAGGCUUUAUGAUGCUGGGAUGGGAAUGUUCAUUUUCAUUCCUGUUGCAUUUUUAUCUUGGUUCCCAUUCGUGUCUACCUUCCAAACUCGGCUUCUGUUCAACCAGGCCUUCAGCAGAGGUUUGGAGAUUUCCCUUAUUCUCGCUGGAAACAAUCCCAAUACUGGUAUCUGACCUUAUUAGCUCUCCUUUAUAUUAUAUAUUUUUAGCUCUCAUGUUACAUUAAAAUUCAAACUAUGCAGAAGUAAAAUCUAAAGAAAUUUUUGUAUGUAUUUUUCUCUGUUUUUUAACUGUACUGUAUAUUCCUGUUCCAGGUAAAUUUUCAUUUUUC